UUUACUAUUAUUUUUCAAUAUAGAGCAAAAUAGAUAACGUACCGUACCGGUACCGCACAGAAUUAGUUAAUUACGACUUCAAGGCGUAAAUAUGAAGCGUCUCAUUCUUCGAUUAUUUGCUGCAUAUAGUGAACUGGUGGACAAACGACCCUUGCUGACUCAAAUUGUAACUGCUGGAACUUUGGUAACAGUUGGUGAUAUACUUGCACAAACUACUAUAGAAAAAAAGAAGAAGUAUGAUUUCCGCCGAACUGCUGUUAUGUCGACAUGCGGAUUCUUUUAUUUUGGUCCUUUGGUAGCCGCUUGGUUCACUGCAGUAAACAAGAUGGCUCUUCCCGUCAUUUUUUCUGUGGCACUAGAUCAGUUUGUCAUAACACCACCACUGCUCUGCGGCUUCUUCACUGUUCAAACUUUACUUAAUGGGAAAUCUUUGUCGACUGCAAUCAGUAGAAUUAAAAAUGAAGUUCCAGGAAUUAUCAAAAUGAACUGGAUGGUUUGGAUUCCAUCACAAACGAUCAAUUUUGGAAUCGUGCCUUUUCAAUACAGAAUGCUCUUCUGCCAAAUAGUCGCAUUGUUCUGGAAUUCCUAUUUGAGUAACAGAGCUAAUCGCACAAUUCAUAAGGAUGUCUAUGUGGCUGAUGGCAGAGAGAAGAAAGCAUGCUGAUUUUUUACUGUUGACGAAUUGCUCAUUGGCUAGAAACAUUAGGAGGCCAAGAAAGUUUCAGGAUGAGACCAAGCUGCGAUUACUGCCUAUAGUAUUAUGUAUGUGCUGCUGUGCAAACGCAAUACCCAAAGCCAGAUGUUAAAUAUUAUUUCCUACUUUGCUUCAGAAUAAAAUUGAGAUAGUUGAA